AUGGCGAGUGCGGUUUUUUCCAUCAUCUUCGCCCUUCUUUUGUGGCCACCACGUCUGGUCCGUGGAUAUGCCUACGGGAACUUGAGUUGUUAUGAGUGUGAAAUGGCGAACAGGGAGAUCCGUAUGGCGCUUAUCCCUUGCAGUCAGCCGGAGAAAUGGGCCAUUGUGCACAACUGUGUGGCCUGCCUUAAGUUCACACAAGAUGAGACAAUUGAUUACCGAAAGCCCCGUUGGGAUAUGGAAGGAGAGAGCGCAGUUGGGAUGGCGCGAUUCUGUCUGCGCAAAUUCGAGCCUCGCUUCUCAGACGGCUGCUUCAACACUUACGGAAGUUCCUCGGAUCAAUCGCGCUGCUACUGCUCUAGCAAUCUUUGCAACCGAGCCAAGCAUCCGGUCUUUGUUCCGGCCAGUGGCCUGCUCCUCGGUUCAGUAACUCUUUUCGUCUCGCGACUGUGUGGCCAUCACUUCUGA